AUGUCGAUCUUUAAGCUAAAGCUUAUUAAAGCCUACUUUAUCGACAAUCUUAAUAAAGGUUUUAUCGAACUUUUAACAGCGCUAUUUGCAGCUCUAGUCUUGUUUGCUAAGAAGCAAAACGGUUCUCUCCGCUUUUGUAUUAACUUCCGCGCGCUGAACAACUUUACUCGUAAAGAUCGAUACCUCUUCUUUUUAAUCGAUAAGACCUUCGCACGUCUUUUAAAAGCUAAAAUCUUUACGAAACUCGACAUUCGGCAAGCCUUUUAUAAAAUACGGAUAGACUUAGCUUUAAAAAAGCUCACAACAUUCAAGACACGCUACGCUCCCGCUAAGCUCAACUACGUCGUCUACGACAAAAAGAUACUGGCUAUCAUACGCUCUUUUAAUAACUUCCGCGCCGAACUCGCCGGCUCCUUUUAUUAA